UCGCAGCGUGGCAAUGUGUAGCAAAGCGCUCCUGGUCCUGCUGAUCUAUGGGCUAGUCAUGCACUGCAGCGUCUACUGCUCACCUGCGGCUGGACUCCAAUACCCCGCGCUCAGGUUGGAAGACGAAAUGUACGACGAAGACGGCAACACCCUUCCCGACUACGGCUUCGACAGCGACCCCAUCGGGAUGGGCGACCCUUCCUCCAUGCUGGACGACAUGUACACCUUGUACUACCCGCCGGAAAAGAGGCACGCGGACGGGAUCUUUAAUAAAGCCUAUAGGAAAGUGCUGGGCCAGUUGUCGGCGAGGAAGUACCUGCAUUCUUUGAUGGCCAAGCGGGUGGGCAGCGGGGCCAGCGGCCUGGAGGACGACUCGGAGCCGCUUUCCAAGAGGCACUCGGACGGCAUCUUCACAGACAGCUACAGCCGCUACCGAAAACAAAUGGCUGUCAAGAAAUACUUGGCAGCGGUCCUGGGGAAAAGGUAUAAACAAAGAGUUAAAAACAAAGGACGCCGAGUAGCCUAUUUGUAGCGAUGAGUUCCCAAACGCUCCUGUGUAAACAAACGCCCCGAAAAAGAAAAUAUAUCCGAGAGAGGACCCCCCUUGCCCCCACCAAAAAAGGUCAUUUCCAAACUGACUGAUCAAUCACCGCUCCUGUGUUACCCAAACAUGUAUUUAUGUAUGAAGUAAAGCCAUUAAAUGGAUAUUUUGAUAAUAAUAUUGUUUUUCUUU